AUGGACAGGAGGAUGGGUCGGCUACCGCUGCCACCGCCCCCCCCUGCCGCCCCGGCUGGGGAGGGGGGCCCCCCUGCGCCCCCUCCAAACCUCACCAGUAACAGGAGACUGCAGCAGACCCAGGCCCAGGUGGAUGAGGUGGUGGACAUCAUGAGGGUGAACGUGGACAAGGUCCUGGAGCGGGACCAGAAGCUGUCAGAGCUGGACGACCGUGCAGAUGCACUCCAGGCAGGGGCCUCCCAGUUUGAAACAAGUGCAGCCAAGCUCAAGCGCAAAUACUGGUGGAAAAACCUCAAGAUGAUGAUCAUCUUGGGAGUGAUUUGCGCCAUCAUCCUCAUCAUCAUCAUCGUUUACUUCAGCUCUUAAACCCCUGAGGAGCCCGCCCUGCCCAGAGAAGGGCCUCUCCCCACCUCCCCCCCCAUCCCCAGCCGCUCCUCCACCUCUCAGCCAUAUCUUCCAGCCCCCCUCCCCUGGAUCCGUGUGUGUGUGUCCCCCCGUGUGUGUGCCCCCCUGUAAAUAGCCAGCUGUUAUUUAUACAUAUAUGAUAUUAUAUAUAUUUGGUCUGUUUGUAGUUUUAUUACUAGAAGAUUUUUCCGGUUGUCCUUAACACCCCUUCCUGAGGUUGCCAUCUCUUCUCUCUUUUCCUCCUUCCCCUUCCCUCUCUUCCUGAUCAGCCCUGAAUCUCUUCAUUUGCAUCUGCUAUGCAAUAGUCCCUCUUCCUCUCUUCCUUCCCUUGGAUUUAGCUGAUCCUUCCUCCCACCCUGGCCUUCCCUGUACCUCCACUCCCUAUUAAAAAAAAAAAACACCAAAAAACCCACAAAAA